AUAUUACCCAAUGCAGUUGCAGUAUGAAGUAUGAACUAUGUUCACGGUUUACCAGUCCAGAGUCUAUAAUAUUACUCGGUAUUGAUUUUUAGUUGACGCGGUUUUUGUAUUUUAUUCAUUACGCAUUUGUUUCGUUGUUUUUUUAAUUUGUCCAACACUUCAAAAUGAUUCGGUUCAUUCUAAUACAAAACAGAGCAGGAAAAACGAGACUAGCCAAAUGGUAUAUGAACUUUGAUGAUGACGAGAAACAAAAGCUUAUCGAAGAAGUGCACGCAGUUGUAACGGUCAGAGAUGCAAAACAUACAAAUUUUGUAGAAUUCCGAAACUUCAAAAUAAUUUAUAGAAGGUACGCCGGAUUAUAUUUUUGCAUCUGCGUGGAUGUGGGCGAUAACAAUCUGUGUUAUCUGGAGGCCAUUCAUAAUUUUGUCGAAGUCCUCAACGAAUAUUUCCACAACGUUUGCGAACUAGAUCUGGUUUUCAACUUCUACAAAGUAUACACCGUGGUAGACGAAAUGUUUUUGGCUGGCGAAAUUCGAGAAACGAGUCAAACUAAAGUUUUAAAACAACUACUUAUGUUGAGUUCAUUAGAAUAAGUUAUUUUAAUAUCUACAAGCAAAUAUUUUACUUUACCAAUACACAUUAUUAUUAAUAAUUUAUUACUUUAUAUAUACCAUAAUGUAUUCUUUUUUAUUUAUAUACAUAACAUAAUAUAAUGCUAUUACAAGUGUAAUUAGAAUUAAAAUAAAUUACACCCAAUUUAUUUUUAUUCUUUCUUAGACCUUUUUUUAUGUGUGAUAAGAGAUAAUAUGAUAUCCUUAAUUUUAUCCGCCCCCUAAGAUAGCAAAUCUGCAAAUAUCAAAUAUUUACUACUAUAGGAAUUUGGAAAACAUUGUUAGUGUUAAAUACAUUUUGUUAUAAAAUAAAAUGGAUGGCUAUAAAUUGUUGAA